GGAUAAAGUUAAGCCAUAGAGGGACUUAUUUAAUGUCAGUUGCGGUACAUCCGAUACCUUACACCAGUUACAUAUAUUUUGUUCAUCCUUUCGUACUGGAACGCUCAACAAACAUCGUCUCUAGCGCCCCUCUUCCAGAUAACUUCUCAGGUGUAUAGGAGAGAGUGGGCCAGCAUGGGUCACGGGAUACCACGGAUCAGGCUGUUCAUAGGUCUCCCAGCUCUGUGUCUCUUCAUGCUGUCUGCUACUGAUGUGCUUCAAGCUGAGAGGAAUGGGACUCCAAAAACUUGGGAUACAAUUAGACAGCAUCGUCGGAGGAUCCGAGAUGACUUCAAUCUGGAUGUGGAUGAGUUGCUUCGAUUUUUGAGCGACAAGAAAGUCUUCACACAUAAUGAGGAGAAGAUCAUUCGUCGAGUAGAUGAUCUAUCGGAGCGAUUUGAUAAGCUCUUCGACAUCCUUCUCGUCAAGAACCUGGAUAUGAUUCCUCUCUUCCUCGAGGCCCUCUCUGCCAUGGGGAGGAAUGACCUCAGGAUGUUUUUGCAAGGUAUGAGAGAUUUUCACCCCUGA